AGAAGGAGGAGCUUCGCGGCAGUGUUUAACGUGCGCGAGAGUUUUUCUGUUUGUUUAUGUGUUCAGCUCUCAUGACUCCUAAAUGGGAGCAGGCAUCUCUACCUCGAUGGGAGAUUACGGCAUACUGGAUUUUCUCCUUCUCUUCACAUUUGUAUUCCUUCUACCAGCUGCACAGAUUCUCCAAAGAGCAUGAAGCCACUCUGGACAGAGAGGUGCAGCUGGAGAGAGGAUUCCUUUUAUGGGGCUUCAAGAAGGACCCUACUGAUUUCGAGUGGAGUUUUUGGAAUGAGUGGGCAUGGCAGUCUCUUCUCUGGUCUCUGAUUGGCCAUGCUGUGUUGUCCAGACUGGCAGCUCAUUAUCUGCCACGGUACAGACUGGCAAUCCUUACGGUGUAUGGAAUGCUCUCAGCUGGUUGGCUCCUUGGAGUGCGGGGGGUGGCUCUUUUGAUGCUGCAUCUGAGCAUCUCAUUUGCAGUUGCUCAGCUACGUAGCCCCACCCUCUCAUGGUGUUGCACCCUCCUGCUGAUCUCCACACUCAAAAUCAGUACCCUCCAGGACUUACAGCGUGGCUGGUACACUUCUGAGGAGCAGUACUACCUCUUGCUUUUCAGUAUUGCUGUUUGCAGUUUGCGGUGCAUUAGCUUUAGUCUGGAGCUGUGUUGGUGCCCUCUGCAAGCUGGAGAACCAAAUCACAACUGCCCCCUUUUACAGCACAAAGGGCUGCAGACACUAAUUUCUCAGAUCUACAAACUCAUUGCCUACUGCUUCUAUCAUCCUCUGUUCUACAAUGGACCCAUUAUGACCUACAGAGACUUCAGCGAACAGAUAGAGAGGCCGAUGUGUAAAGUGUCUCUGGUGGAUGUAAUGACAGGGGUCUUGCGUGUGUGUGUCUGGUGGUGUUUAGCUGAAUUCAUGAUCCACUUCAUGUACAUGCACGCCAUCCAGAGCAACGAAACCUAUCUGGCGAUACUACCACCAUGGGCACUUGGUGGCUUGGCUCUUGCUUUAGUACAGUUUUUCUAUGUGAAGUAUCUGGUCUUGUUUGGAACUGUGGCUCUGCUGGUCAAGCUGGACGGAUUAGACCCGCCCACGUUACCACGCUGUGUCAGCAUCAUGUACAGCUUCACUGGGAUGUGGAGACACUUUGACGUGGGGCUUUACAAAUGGCUCAUCAGGUACAUAUAUGUGCCAUUGGGUGGCUCACGUCAUGGUGUGUUCCGGAAGCUCGUCUCCAUCGCACUGGCGUUUGUGUUUGUGUGUUUUUGGCAUGGUUGCCAUGACUACCUGCAGUGCUGGGCCCUGCUGAACUGGGUCGGGGUGUCGGUGGAGAACGCUCUCGCACUCCUCUUCUCCUCUCCUCCUCUCCAUCACGCUAUUGUGUGUUGUAUGUCACCUCGAAUGCAGAGGCGUGGCCUAGCUCUAAUCUGUGCCCUCUCGACUGCUAUGCUGAUUCUGUCCAAUCUGGUGUUUCUGGGUGGAAUCCAUGUGGGUAGAGUCUUCUGGAAGAGGGUGUUUGUCCAAGGCUGGUCUUCUGUGGCCAUUCCAAUGAUUGCUUUUCUCUACUGCUUCGCUCAAGUUGGUAUUGAGUGGGACAUGAGAUGACAUCACUUCUAAAAUGUUGAAUAAUGGGAUUGUGAAGCUUCUCACAGAAACAUAAUGGUAGUUAAAGUUUUCCCACAGUUUUUGCCGGUCAUAAUGUGGAGAAACUGCAAGAUCCUCCAAGCAAGAAAUUACUUGAAACUACAUUUUGCAACUCAAAAAGCAGCAGGUGCAUUCCAAUGAACUACUGAAAUAUCAUGUGUUUGUACUUGGAUUCUCAAAUUUGAAGAAACUAUUCAGAUCUGUGAAGAUUCUUGUAUUCAGACUACUGUAAAAGCAAAUUUGGAAGAAAAAGCACCUUUUCCAUCUCCAGCUUUUCUGUAGCCUUUUAGCUGCCUAAGGGACCGUUUAGACCGAAUGCUGUUCUUGUGCUGCAAAAAGAGUGACGUUAUGUGCGUUGCUCUACAACACAACACAUAACAGGAUGCAAGUAUCACGAGACAUGCUUUUAAAGUUCACUUUUUUUUUUUUUUUUUUACUGAUACACCAUCUAGAAAAUGUGGUGCUGCUGCAUGGGAUGCUGGAAAAGCAGUUGGACAUGAUGCAAUGGUCAAAGAUGUCCACCUAGUGCAUGGUUAUUUAGAAAAACAAUGGAAAAGCUAGAUGCAGCACAACACAUAUAAAAGAAUGCAGGUGUCUUGAGACUUGUUUUUAAAGUCGAUGUUCUUUUUUACCUGACACGAUGACUAAAAAAGCACAGGCCCAGUGCGAGACGCUGAAAAACAGCUCAAACGGCACAAUGGUCAAAGAUUUCCAUUUAGCACACGUUUACAUAGGAAAAACAAAAAGACAGCAGACACAAAAAUGCAUUCGUUGUGAACGGUCCUUAAUGUGUGUGCACAUGAACUACAAACUACAGGUGCAUUCUUAAUUACUGGUUCAGAAAUAUUGUGUUUGGUUGGAGUGCUGCAGGUGUGUAUUUGGAAUUGGUGUGUGUUUGAUGGUUAAUCUUGUCUCUGCUUUAUGAGUUUGGCUGAACACUGAUGAUCAGCCGCCAGGAGAAAGCCAGCAACAACCUGACCAUCUCUCUUUCUCCCUCUUAGCCUUUCUCCAUCUGUGUGUAUUUUCAUUCUCUCAUUCAUUUUGUCUCUCUGAUCUUUCUUGUCCUGAUCUCUCUGUCUUGUCUCAUUUUUGUAUCCAUCACUCUUUCUCUCUCGUUCUCAUUCUGUAUCUCUGUCUAAUUGGAUCAUUUUACUAACAGCUCAAGCUGUUUAAUUAGAUUAGUGAUCUGGUAGCAGGUAACUUCUAAGAUGUGUGUGUGUGUGUGUUUCAGAGUUAGAAAGGGGGAUUACACUUUAAAGUGCAUUAUCAUUACAGCAUACUUUAUCAGCAUCAGAUUAAUGAUUUAUAAUCCAUUCACAAAAGGCAUCUCACUCUUUCUCUAUAUAUAUCUCUCAUUCUCUCUCUCUGCUUUAUGUUAUAUGAUGUUAUUUUAGUAGACAGUAUGGUAGAGUGGAGGUCAUGUGUGACUUGCCCUUUCCAUGAGUCUUACUGAAAUUGCUUACUGACACCGCACGUUACAAAGGUGCUUGAUGUGUGUGUGUGUGUGUGUGUCUCAACACAGGUGGCUGUGCUAUUAAUAAAUGUUGAUUAAUUGUUAUGUAACAUUACAAACUCUUGAAAGUGAAAUGAAUUGCAUAGUGAAAAACAACACAAACUCAUAUCUUGGCAUUGGCAUUUGCCAUCAAAAUUGUCUUGCGUUCAUAAUAUGGGUGAGUACAGGUGAAGUGGGGCCAUUUUGAUAUUUCACUGGUGUUGUUUUAAAAUAUGCCAAAUUGUUUAACCCCUCAAAAAAUAAUGUUUUAUAAAUGAAAAGCUAAAUAUCUCUAUACAAAGGAAAAUGGAAGAAAUAUUCAAUAAGUAAAUAACUCAAGUGUCCCACUGUACCAGUUGUCCCACCCUCACAUUUAUGUGCUCAAAGAAAAAUCAACUGACACAAUAAUAUAGAGAGUAGGAGCAAAACUAUGUAUAUAAAAUAUUUUAUUAUUAUAAAUAAUAUUUUACAGCAACUUUACAAAUCUUGUCUUUGUGUUUUACAGUAGUUGAAAUAUCCAUGUAAAGAAGUGAUUUGAGUGAGAAUGUCUCAGUCUGUGGAUAAUGCCUAAAAAACAUGCUGUCCUCAGAAAACAUUUGAAAGAACAUUUUAAUUAGGGUUAUUCAAGAACGACCCUUAGAAGGACUUCUGAGAGCAUACAGACAUGCGAGUAGCAGCCUAUUUUUUCUUACAAACCCUGCUGUGUGAUAUAACAGCAGGACUCAGUUUUGAAUUCAGUAUCGUUAAGGAUUCCAAAAAUAAUUGUUCUCCAAAACACAGUCAAAAUACGUCAACUUUCUAUCCAAAACUUACAUAAACAAACUUACAGGUUGUGUGUGUGUGAAUCUCAUGAAAUGGGUCCUAUUUAACCCCAAAAUAUAGAGGAAAAAAAAUGAUAGUUUGGAUAAAUUAAAAUGAAGCAUAUUUUGGGCAAUUAAGCUUUUUUUCAUUGUGACAAUAAAACAAAUCUCAUUCUCAUUACUUAAUGUGAAAAAAUAUAUAAACCAUUAGGUACUUGUACAUCAUGGUAUUAUAUGUAUUAGGGCUCAACAUCGAUACAGAUUCAAGCCCUCGAUUCAAUUCUGAUUUGAUUAGAUUCCAAUUAAUUUGGGUAUACUUCACUUAUAAUGUUCAUUUCGCUUACUUACGAAAGCAGUUUGACGAUCUCAAUACCAGCUUGAUUAAUAUUCUUUAGAUUCUUUUGCAUUACAGCAAUUAGAAUUUAGGGGGAAAUUAUCAUGAUGCAAAAAAUCUUAAUCGUCCUAAAAAUCUGCUUCAUUUACUUUUAAAUAUAUAGCCAUUUCUUCAUGAGAUUCACCAAUUUAGACUCCUAUCAAAGCAAACUGACUGUAGAAAAGUUCCUGUAUCAUGGACUGGUCUCUGGUCUCUAAUCAUAUUGUGAAGCCUGGCCAUGUAGAGGAGAGUUUUGUCUGUGUUGAGACACCAUACUUCGCUUCUCAAAUUUGAAGAAACUAUUCUGGCAUCUGCGAGGAUUCAUUUUCCCCUACUAAAUGCAAAUUUGGACUCACUCACCAAGAGUCAAACAGGUCUGCUACAAAGAGUGAAUCCAUUAGCUCUAUUGGGUAAGAGGCAAGAGAUUAACUACUUGUGCUGAAGAGGAGUACUUUAUUUUAAUGGUAAUUUAUUCCGCUUUCCUUUUUAUUUACCAUGCAUGUCUUAACCUUAUUUUAAGUGCAAAUCAAGCCAUGCUGUUGUUGUAUUUGAUCAAAUCAGGUCGGUAACGAUCGGAUGGUAACAAAUCGUUGCUUAAAAAAUGCUCACAAGUAAAACAUGCUAGUAUGUAUGGGCUGUGAGUUCCUCUCUGCUUAAACUAUUUAAAUAAUGUGCAAUCCUUAUUCUCGUUCUUCCUUGCCAUGAAAAAGUUGCAUUCUUUUUAUUUGAGUCUAAAUAUGAAUCUUAUUGCUGUGUGCUGCAGAGGCAUGCACUGACAUAAGGGCUGCAAGUGGCUAUAUGUUUCGUAUUAUGUUGAUUCAAUCUUGUGGUUUCGUUUACAUGUUAUAUUUGAAUUGGACAAGCAUGGCAGGAGUAAUCUGUGGGAAACACAGCAGCAAUAUUUAUUGCUUCAGUUCAGAAUCAGCUCAAGCUGAUGCUUUACAUUCCAGUUUACGUCAAUUCAGUAUUGUCAUUAAUAUUAUUGUAACAUUCAAUUGUCAUAUUCAACAUCAUAUCUGGGUUGCUCUCUAAAACACUAAGACAUGAAUUUAUGCUGCUGGGUACUAACACUGAAUAUUUUUCAAUUUUUGGAGUGUUUGAGUAAGCAAAGAACCCAUAAUAUUAAAGCUAAUUAAGAUGUCAUUGUAGUUGAAACAUGCUCUGAUGCGUAAAACAACGUUAAUGGGAAUUUUACCAUUAAUAAUGUUUCUCUGGUGUUCUGCUGACGAAAGCAGCUAAUCAUUUCUCAAGGACUCUAAAGUUUUUUUUUUUCCUGAUAUGUCAAAUCAUGAGAUUGUAACAAAAUGUACCUUUUUAUGAAAGCAGUAAACCUUUAUUUGAGAAAGUGAAGUUUGAAGCAUCAUUAAA